GAUGACGGGGUUGGCAAUGAAUCCAUAUAUACUAAGAUAGUGAAUAGGCGACUCAGUUACUCUGUUUUUGUUGUUGUUCCAGUCCCACCCCAAGCAUUCUACCUUGUACAGCCAGCCCUGAACCCCCUGACAAGAAGCGAGGCCCUCAGACAGCAUGUGAGGAACACCUGCAAGGCGCUUGACUUCAAGAAACAGAGCGCCAGACUGUCACACCUGCUCUACGACGACACGCAUAAGGCGAUCUACUGCUACAUACCCAAGGUUUCGUGCACCAGCUGGAGGAGAGUGCUCCUGAAGACGACUGGGAUACUGGCGCCGGAGCAAAACAUCACCUCACUAACUAGAGGUCAGGUACAUACCAGUGGCCUGCCGAAGCUGGCUUCCAGUAAGAAUCCGGAGGAGAAAUUGCAGACCUACAAGAAGUUCAUGUUCGUACGUAAUCCCUUUGAGCGCGUCCUCUCGGCAUUCAGAGACAAACUGGAGAGGGUGGAUGAGCUCUAUGACUUCCACAGAGCAGUUGGGAAAAAGAUAGAGCAAAAGUACAGAGGCAUCACCGAGGCGGAGGGACACGACGUUUCUUUCUCCGAGUUCAUUCGCUACAUCUCCGAGCCGGGACCAGGCACCGCGGAGCAGCGAAACGAACACUGGCUGCCCAUGCACGAGCUGUGUGCCCCGUGCUCCGUGGAGUACGACUUUAUCGGCAGGAUGGAGAAUCUCGAAGAGGACGCCGACUACGUUCUGAGGUGGCUCGGGGUGAGGGAGCUGGUUGGCAGAUUUCCAGAGGCGAGCAAACCAGUCAACGCGAACCAGUACGUCGCCAAGUACCUUGAGCAGCUCACCCGGGCGGAGCGUUUGGCUUUUUACUCAAAGUACCUGUCUGAUUACUUACUCUUCGAUUACAGGUUCUUAUGAUGGAGGAAAACGUAGGCUAUCAUAGAUCAAUGUUUCUUUCAAGUCCGUCACGGCGUUUCCACAGCACACCGAUAAUUGUUUGUUUGCAUCUCGCUGAGAGCAGCACGCACGGUUCAGACCCUUGCGGUAUUGGUUGAUGGCUGUCUCCCAUAGCUUUCCUAAUCUUUCCAAGUACAGCAUGUCUCUUAGAACAAAAACGGUAGGGACAGAACACCAAAGGCUUCAAACAUGUUGAGUCUUAUAUCCUGACGAAUUAAGCAAAUUGCCUUCACUCGUAAUCUCCAUUUCUUCACUGUUGGUAAGUCUUGCAGAAUAAAUGCUGACGAUGUGUCUCCCUUUUCCUUUCGAUUUGGUUGUUUAUCAUCAUCUGACACUGCUUACGAAAGUCUAAUAGGUAUGUAAUUGCUGUGUUCAU